AUGACCGUUGAAGCAAGGUCUCAAAAUGCCAGCAAUGACAACCUAAACAAUCCCCAGGAAGCCGAAAGGCCGCUUCCAAAACUUACAGUGGGCAACGUAUUGGGCGAUAUCUACAGCGGCAUCAGAGCGCUUAUCUACGAUCCGUUAUCCAACCGUCUAGUGGUGCCCAUGAUCGUGGCCCUAGCGUCGAUAGCAGGCAAAGUCGUGAUCCUGAAAGUCAAAUACACAGAGAUUGACUUCACAACAUAUAUGCAGCAAAUUGACCUUGUCAAUGCUGGCGAGUUGGACUACUCGAAGAUUGUGGGCGAUACGGGGCCCAUUGUGUAUCCAGCAGGAUUCGUUCAGGUCUACCAGUUUUUGCUCUGGCUUGCAGAUGGAGGUGUAAAUAUCAGACGUGUGCAAUUCUUCUUCAGCUACUUGUUUACGUUCACAGUGGCCUUGUCAUGUGUGGCUUACACCAUGGUGCAAGGCAUUCUGCCUUGGCCGUUGUACCUUCUAUUAUUGAGCAGACGACUUAUACUGAUAUAUGUGUUGCGCUUAUUCAACGACUGCUUCACGACUUGUGCAAUGGUGGGCGUCGUUGUGAUUUUGCAGCAGGCAUCGUAUUGGUACAAGUCUAUGGGCGGGUUCAUGGUGUUUUUGGCAAAUGCUGUUGCAGCCGACUUGUUCUCGUUGGCCAUUUCCAUCAAGAUGAACGCCUUGAUGUACCUUCCUGCUUUUGCAAUUGUCUCGUACUUCCUUUUAGGAGAGAACAUGGUGCAGUUCAUUGCUGUACUUUUGGUUAUACCAUUGGUUCAAUUGCUUGUUGGCUGGCGCUUUUUGUUGCCCUUGUUCUGGGACGAUGAAGCCUCAUACAUCAGGUGGACAUACCUAACACAGGCUUUCAACUUUUCAAGAAAGUUCCUUUACAAGUGGACUGUCAACUGGAAAUUCGUUUCCGAAGAAGUAUUUCUCUCUGACGCGUUCUCUAAUGGUCUCCUUGUGGGCCAUGUUUCAGUUUUAUUGAUCUUCGUCUUCACGAGGUUCUUGUCACCAAAGGUCACCGGAAAGUCUGUGAAGAUGCUUAUUUCAGAUGCAUUAAAGCCCUUCAGGUCAACAGCUUCGGCGGACAAUCUCCUUCUAUCCCAGCAAAACGGACCAAGGUUGAUUUUACUUAUCUUUUCAUCAACAAAUGUGAUUGGUGUUGCAUUCGCAAGAUCUUUGCAUUACCAAUUUCUCUCCUGGUACUGCUGGCAAGUUCCCUUUUUGCUUUACGCAAGUGGCUUAAACCCAUUUGUUUCUGGUGGGAUUUAUUUUGCCCAUGAAGUCUGCUGGAAUGUAUUCCCUGCCACACCAGCUAGCUCGGCUGUUCUUGUUAGCAUAUUGUCAUUGAUACUUAUUGCAGUUUGGCACAACACUGAUGUCUGGUUUAAAAGGGUUCUGGCAACCUCAGUGGAGAAAUAUGAUCAAUAA